UCCCCGCCUCACGAUAAAAUGUAAACUUAAAGAAUCCCAUCUCACCCACUUGUAAGGUAGUGGCCAAUAACAGAGAAGCCAAUUAAGCUGAAACAUCUGUAUAUGCCAUAAUAAUUAUAGUGAAAGGAAUCUCUAAUCAAUUGGAAAGUCCUACUCAACUUGUCCGAACAGUGGCGAGAUUCCAAAUUGAGUCAAUACGAGAUGACAAGAAAAUAAAAGGAAUCUCUGCAUAAUUUUCAGUCUCAGCGUUAGCUUUUCAGUUGGAUAACCUCUCACACAAAUUCACAGGCACAAUGGCUUUAACUGAGGUUGGGCGAAUUUCAAUUACUAUUGCAGCACUCGGUAUAUUGGCAUUUAUCUUUGGAGUUGUGGCCGAGAACAAGAAGCCUGCUUCAGGAACACCUAUUACAGGGAAGGGCGUUGUGAUCUGCAAAUACCCUUCUGAUCCAACUAUUGCGUUGGGCAGCUUCUCAAUCAUAUUGUCAUUCUUAUCAUCUGUGUUUGGGGUUGUAGCUGUAUUUUUUCCCUACAAAGGGAAAUCAGUUCCUGUGUACGCUCUCCAGAGGACCACUUCUUUGGUGGUGUUUUUCGCUAUUGCUGCGGCUGUCUCUUUUAUGGCGGAGGCCUUAAUGAUGUGGGCUACAAUCACAGAGAGUCUGCAUCGAACACGAAAUGUACAUCAUGAUCUCACAACAAGUUGCCCAACUGCAAAGACUGGCUUAUAUGGUGGAGCUGCCUUCCUGGCUUUAGAUGCUUCUUUGUUUUGGCUAAUAUGCCAAAUGCUUACCCUUAAUGCAAGGGCAGAUUAUGAAGAAGAUGAAGAGGACAUGAAAGGUCAGUAUGGACAGGUUCUUACAACUGAAUAUAAUAAUCCAGCUAGAGCUGCUCAUGCCUAAUCUGUGGGUUUAAAAGCGACCUGAAUACUUUUUUCAGACUAUUCCCUAACUGACAUGUGUAUAAACCACUGAUGAUUAAAAAAUAUUUGCACAUACGCUCUCAGGAGUUUAACGCUAGCUAUAUCUUUUUUAAAAUAAAUUCUUCGCCAGUUACCUGAUAAAUUAGCAUUUAAAUUUGUAUGCAUGUAAACUAAAAAUCUCAGACAAGUUGACAUGAUAUUGCAGUUGUUUUAAAUUGGGUUUGUGACACGCACGAUCCCCUGCUUUUAAAAAUUAGAUCAUAGUGUGUCACAUUAUUUGGGAUUAUGUAGCAACCGAGAAAUCAAUGAAGGUAGCAUUCUUUGUACUGUGCCA